UUUCUUCUGGGUGGCGUGUAACAUUUUAAGUAGACUUGUGUCUAACCGAGCUUGACCAGCACUUUGAUCUACUCGCUAACUAACUAGCUAGUCGGUUAACCGUCUCCUGCGGCUGUUGAACUUAAUGCCCCCCGGUGUGGAAACCGCAGAGUGAAGACUAAACUAAGAAUCGAUAAUUCAACAGAUAAUUCGACAACAUUAAACGAACAGUCCUUGUUAACAGCGGUGAUGCUCCGGCGGAAGGGCGGAUGCUGCUAGCUGCUUGUAGCUCGACCAGAGACCGGACAGAGGGAGGACAUAGUGGAUUCUGUUGGGAAGAAGUAGAUCAUCGCCAGGCGGUUCUCUGGGGAUCUUUCUCGGUUGUACUUGUAGGUUAGCGGUGUCGCCUCUGGGAUGAGUCCACCGAGCCUCCACGUCUCUGUGGAUUUAAAUUAGCCUGGAAUAUGAGCAGAAGAAGAAGAUAAGCAGCAGCGGCGGCGGCUGGCUUCCUGCGGGGUUUUGCCCAGGCUUUUUGUGUUCCCGCGGACAUGCCUGGUCUAUGGAGCAAAGCUGAGCUAAGCUAGCUGGCUGACAGUCCGGCUAGCGCAACAUUUCCAGGCUUUUGGAUGAUUGUUUAGCUGAAGGGCUGAUUUAUUUCGGGUCAGCGCUACACCCCCUGCCUGGGUAAGGAGUCAGCAUGGGGGAGCCCAGCCUGGACGACGCCAAUGUCAAGGUGGCUGUUCGUGUCCGGCCGAUGAACAGGAGAGAAAAGGAAUUAAACACUAAAUGUAUCGUCGAGAUGGCGAAGAACCAAACGAUCCUCCAUCCUGGUGGUGCUAACCUGGGCAAAGCAGACUCCAGGAGUCAGUCCAAGGUUUUUGCCUAUGAUUACUGUUUCUGGUCCAUGGAUGAGACGGAUAAGGAGAGAUUUGCCGGCCAGGAGGUGGUCUUCCAGUGCCUUGGGGAAAGUCUUCUCCGCAACGCCUUCCAGGGCUACAAUGCCUGUAUCUUUGCCUACGGACAAACUGGUUCGGGAAAGUCGUACACCAUGAUGGGUUCAGGGGACCAGCCAGGUCUGAUUCCCCGGCUGUGCAGUGCUUUGUUUGAUCGAACCCAGAAGGAACAGCGGGAGGAGGAGAGCUUCACUGUUGAGGUGUCCUACAUGGAGAUCUACAACGAGAAGGUCCGAGAUCUGCUCGACCCCAAAGGGGGAAGACAAACUCUGAGGGUGAGGGAACAUAAAGUUUUAGGUCCCUACGUGGAUGGCCUGUCUCGACUAGCUGUGGCUAGCUACAAGGACAUUGAGUCUCUGAUGUCAGAGGGAAAUAAGUCUCGGACUGUCGCUGCUACCAACAUGAAUGAGGAGAGCAGUCGUUCACACGCCGUCUUCAACAUCAUCCUCACACACACACUGAAAGACUUGCAGUCUGGGACGAGUGGGGAGAAGGUGAGUCGGUUGAGUCUGGUAGACUUGGCUGGAAGUGAGAGAGCGGCAAAGACUGGAGCAGCAGGGGAGCGACUCAAGGAGGGAAGCAACAUCAACAAGUCUCUCACUACGCUGGGCCUGGUGAUCUCGGCGCUAGCUGAACAGGGAUCAACAAAGAACAAGAACAAGUUUGUUCCCUACAGAGACUCUGUGCUGACAUGGCUGCUGAAGGACUGUCUGGGUGGCAACAGUCGCACAGCGAUGGUUGCAACUGUGAGUCCAUCAGCAGACAACUAUGAGGAGACUCUGUCAACGCUGCGCUAUGCCGACAGAGCAAAAAGCAUUGUUAACCAUGCCGUUGUUAACGAAGACCCCAAUGCUCGCAUCAUCAGGGAGCUCCGAGAGGAAGUAGAGAAAUUACGAGUGCAACUGACUCAAGCAGAGUCUUUGAAGGCUCCAGAGCUGAAAGACCGUCUGGAAGAGUCAGAAAAGUUGAUCCAAGAGAUGACCAUCACCUGGGAGGAGAAGCUUCGAAAAACUGAGGAGAUUGCACAGGAGCGCCAGAAGCAGUUGGAGAGUCUGGGUAUUUCUCUCCAGUCUUCAGGGAUUAAAGUUGGAGAUGAUAAGAGUUUUCUUGUCAACCUCAACGCCGAUCCUGCCCUCAAUGAACUGCUGGUGUACUACCUGAAGGAACACACAAAGGUGGGCUCGGCAGACUCUCAGGACAUCCAGCUGUGCGGGAUGGGUAUCCAGGCAGAGCACUGUGUCAUCGACAUUAUGGCAGAUACUGCAGUGAUCCUCACCCCCUACCGCAAUGCUCGGACAUGUGUUAAUGGUUCUCCAGUGACCAGUGCUCUGCAGCUUCACCAUGGUGACCGAAUUUUCUGGGGAAACAACCACUUCUUCAGGAUCAACCUGCCUAAGCGGCGCUCUCGGGGGCCUGAGGAUGAAGAGGGUGAAGGUAGUACGAUGAAGAACAGUGGCAGCAGUGAGCAGCUGGAUGCAGAUGGUGACACAGCCAGCGAAGUGUCCAGUGAAGUCAGCUUCUCCUAUGAGUUCGCUCAGACAGAGGUCAUGAUGAAGGCCCUGGGCAAUAAUGACCCCAUGCAAGCAGUCCUGCAAUCUCUGGAGAGGCAGCACGAAGAGGAGAAGCGGUCUGCUCUGGAGCGACAGAGACAAAUGUACGAGCAGGAACUCCAGCAGCUCCGCAAGAAGCUGAACCCGGACCGGCUGUCCACCGGCCCCUCUGGAGGGCCGGUGUCUGGCCAGCAAGGUCCAGGACAACAGUCCCACUACCGCAGCCUGGAGAGACUCAGUGUGGGAGGGAUAAGUCAUUCAACCAGUGCUCAGAGCAGACUGAGGCAGUGGAAUGAGGACAGGGAGGUAGUGUUGGUUAGGAGUCUGCGACGGCUGAGGGAGCAGAUAGUGAGGGCGAACCUCCUGGUGCAAGAAGCCUGUUUCAUCUCUGAGGAGCUGGAGCGACACACAGAGUACAGAGUCACUCUGCAGAUUCCAUCGGACAACCUCAACGCAAACCGCAAGAGGGAUGCAGUGCUCAGUGAACCAGCAAUUCAGGUUCGACGUCGGUGUCGAGGGAAGCAGAUCUGGAGUCUAGAGAAGAUGGAGAACCGUCUGGUUGACAUGAGAGAGCUGUACCAAGAGUGGCAGGACUACAACCUCCAUCACCAUGACAACCCUGUGAUGCGCUCAUAUUUCCGUCGAGCAGACCCGUUCUUCGACGAGCAGGAAAACCACAGUCUGAUCGGCGUUGCAAAUGUCUUCCUUUCCUGUCUCUUCUACGACGUCAAGCUGCAGUACGCUGUUCCCAUCAUCAAUCAGAAGGGGGAGGUGACAGGGCGUCUUCAUGUGGAGGUGGUGAGGGUUGGAGGGGGAUUAGAGGACAACAUGGCUGGAGGAGAUGAACCCGAUAACAACCAAGACACUGAAGUCCAGGAUCGCAAACUGGUCUGCAUGAUUAAGAUCCUGCAGGCCACCGGUCUUCCCCAGUACCUGUCCAACUUCGUCUUCUGUCAGUAUUCAUUCUGGGACCAGCCUGAGCCCGUCAUUGUGGCUCCUGAAGUAGACCCAUCGUCCUCGUCGCCCAGCACCAAGGACCCACACUGCAUGGUGGUGUUUGACAGCUGCAAGGAGGUGGCAGUGUCAGUAACAGAGGAUUUCAUUGAAUACCUGACUGAAGGGGCAGUUGUCAUCGAGGUAUAUGGACACAGACAGGCUGAUGCAGGAAGAAACCCCGCUCUGUGGGACCUCAGCAUUAUCCAGGCCAAAACACGCACACUACGAGACAGGUGGAGUGAGGUAACUCGUCGCCUGGAACUGUGGAUUCAAAUCCUGGAGAUAAAUGAGAAUGGAGACUUUGUCCCAGUGGAAGUGAUUCCUGCCAAAGAUGUGCGGACUGGGGGAAUCUUCCAGCUUCGGCAGGGUCAGUCAAGGCGAAUCCAGGUGGACGUGCGUUCAGUUCAGGACUCAGGCACCAUGCCUCUGAUAGCAGAAAUACUGCUUGCAGUGUCAGUGGGUUGUGUAGAGAUCAGAAACACCACAGCAAACCAGGAAGGAGAUGAGAUGGACAGUUAUCAGGAAAGAGACCUGGAGCGUUUGCGGCGGCAGUGGUUAGCUGCUCUCACCAAGAGACAGGAAUACCUCGAUCAGCACCUGCAGAGCCUGGUCAGCAAAGCAGAAAAGACAGAGGAUGACAUGGAGAGGGAGGCCCAGCUGCUGGAGUGGCGCUUGACUCUGACAGAGGAAAGAAAUGCUGUCAUGGUGCCCUCUGCUGGCAGCGGCAUUCCUGGAGCACCUGCUGAAUGGGUUCCUCUGCCCGGCAUGGAGACUCAUACUCCUGUCCUCUUCCUGAACCUCAAACCUGAUGACCUCAGCUCUCCAGACCAGUUUGAGGUUCCUGAGGCUGGAGGUUGGGAUGCCACCCUGAGUGGAGAGGAUGAGGACGACUUCUUUGACCUGCAGAUCGUCAAACACUACGAUGGAGAGGUGAAAGCAGAGGCAUCCUGGGACUCUACCGUCCAUGAGUGUCUCCAGCUCAGCCGUGGGGGGGCGUGGCCGGAGCAGCGGGUAUACCUGACAGUUCGAGUGGUGGUUCAGCUUAGCCACCCUGCCGACAUGCAGCUGGUCCUGAGAAAGAGGAUCUGUGUCAACGUUAACCAGGGCCGCCAGGGUUUUGCACACAACUUUCUUAGAAGGAUGUCAACCCGCAGCACCAUACCUGGCUGUGGGGUCACCUUUGAGGUGGUCUCCAACAUCCCCGGGGACGCGCCUGGUUCAGAGGACAGGGAGAUGCUGGCUAACCUCGCUGCCAGCGCACACAACGGCCAGUCAGCUGAUGACGAGGCUGCAAUUGAGAAAUACCUCCGCAGUGUCCUCAGUCUGGAGAACAUCCUGACUCUGGAUAGACUCAGACAGGAGGUGGCAGUGAAGGAGCAACUGACAGGCAAAGGGAAGAGCAACAGACGGAGCAUAAGUUCUCCUUCUGUCCACAGGCUGUCUGGAAGUAGACAAGACCUGUCCACAACCUGCCUGGAAGAUAAGGGUCGAUGGGAGAGUCAGCAGGAUAUCUUCAUGCCUUCUCAGUUUCACCGCACCCUCCCCCGGCCCGCCUCUUCCCCUUCCACCUACUCCACCUCCCCCUCUUCAUCCCCUACUCCCUUCGGCAUAACAUCCCCACAGAACCAGGAACCAGAGCAAGGUCGUUCAGGACUUGCUGCCUCUUAUCUUUCAGUUAAGGCCCUGGUUCCUCAGAUGCCCAAACUGCUCAAGUCUCUGUUUCCAGCGCGAGACGAGAAGAAGGAGCUGAGACCUUCGCCACACAACCAGCAGCAGCAUGUCCCUCGCAUCGUGACAUCAGGAGGGGACGACAGUCGAGUCAAGGCUGAGACGGCUGCUAUUCUCCGGCCCCCAACCAAAGACAGACGGGCAGAGUUCCCAGAAGUCCCUUCUCUUCCUGUGCAUGACCCGCAUGACAUCACCCCCCUCAGCCCCCUCAGCCAGUCAUCAAGCGGCUACUUCUCCAGUAGUGUUUCUACAGUUACCCUGUCUGACGUUCUCCAACCUUCCUCCUCGUCAUCCUCCCUCCUGGCUGCUGAGACUACGUUACCCACAAACCCCCAGCAGCAGGGUGCUGAUAGGAACGAUGUUGUAACCUCUCCUUCUCAGUGUGGCACCAAGUUGGCCGUCUUCGAUCCACCCGCUUCCCACAGCUCAGCCAAUCACAACAGCUUCACUGCAGAAAACUCUUUCUCUGAACACAAGCUGGUCACCUCAGGAAGAGGAGGAGGCGAUGGCUUUGAGAGGCUGGAGAUCUUUGUGGACGAUGAAGAGCGUAGCCACGACGACGUACUCCCUGACUGGCUGACAGAAGGGGCGUGUGUUACAGUAGGAAGCAAUAAGGCCGGGGCUGUGCGCUACGUGGGAAUGACGCAGUUCGCUGAUGGAGUGUGGGUGGGGGUGGAACUGGACACCCCUGUAGGCAAAAAUGACGGGUCCGUUGGAGGUCAUCGGUAUUUCAAAUGUAAACCGGGUUACGGGGUGCUGGUUCGCCCGGACCGGCUGUCCUGCCGUGAUCGGACCAGCCGGCGAACGGGAGACUUCACUGCUCCUGACCAUGUCCCCGUCUUGCGAGGAGAAGCCAUUGUUACCCGCCAGGGGGAGAAUCGCAAGUCCUGGAGCAGUUGAGACAGGGAAAGUAGGAGCUGGAUGGGAGAGAUGAACUCCCUACAGCCCUCCUCCUCCUCUCUUCCUCUCCUCCCAGCUAUGCAACAGGCUCAAACAUCCAAACUGAAAUACUGCCUACUCUCCCAUAGUUUUAAACUACACUCAAUACAUCCAUUUACAAGUAAUGGAUGGAAGUAGAAUAAAGACAAUGAAGAGACCCUUUAGAACGAAUGCAAGUAAGUUGAUGAAAGACUAUGCAGAGUAUAUAGAAGUCUGUGGAAGGACUAUUUAUCAUGUGGGAAGAUAAUGCUAAAUGAAUGGCAGUCAAUAGGGAAAACUGCUGAGAGUGAAUGGAAGUCAGUGCAGACUUUGUCGUAUUUGGAGUGCUGGAGCUCUGCGGGGUGUGGAUUGGACGCUGCAGACUGGAUGAUUUGCUCUCUGAGCUGAUAUACAGGGAUGCAACCAGUCACAUUUUAGGCAGGAGUCUUUUUUUUUUUUAUCCCAGUUCACAUCAGAGAAUAUCUUUUUUAAACUUGGGAGGCUUUUUAGAGUGCAGAAAAAACACUUGUAGAAUGAAAAGCCUUCAUCUUUUUCCAGUUGGAUACUGUCUAUAAUUUGCAAUUCUUUUUAUUCUAUUCAUCAUUCAUAAUAAGUUAUUAUUAGUAGUUAUAGCUAUUAGAAAAUAUCAAAAUAUACAUAUUCUUCGAGCUGAAAACUUUGUCUAAAUGAAUAAUAUUGAAUUGUCUUUAGUAUUUUUAGCAUUUAUUAUCCUCCCUACACGUCUCACUAUAGUAUGUGCUCUGUGUUCUCGGUGAAUGAGGAGAUGAAACGGAUCCAAUU